AUGACUGAAACUUUAGAAGUAAAAAAGGUUGCCAUCAUUGGUGGUGGUCCUGGCGGAUUGACCGUGUUAAACGAGUUACUUCAUACCGGCAAGGAUGGAAAGAGCACUAUCGUGAGUCCCACAUCCAAUUCCAGCUAUCCGGCCGACCCAGCAUUUGACGAGAUUGUUGUGUUCGAACAGAACGAUAGAAUUGGUGGUGUUUGGUCUUAUUCGAAGGAGGUCGACCCGCCUUUUCCUGCAGACGUGGAGAACUACUCCAAACCAGAGUCGUUAAGACCGCAUUUGACAGAUGCUGCACUGAAAGACUUGGAAGCAGCAAAUGCGGAUCAUCCUAUUGUUAUUCCGGCGAGAGUUGAUUUGGCCAAGAAGUACGAGAAGCGCUGGAAUAAAAGUGCAGUGUACGAUCAUCUUUUCACAAAUAUUCCAAACUUUCUCAUGAGGUUCUCGACUAGUUUUGGAAAUGAUAUCCAUUUAGACAAAAACUCGAAAGUCUACGAGCCUUUUGCCACUCAUCAAAAUGUUCUCAAUUAUUUGAACGAUUAUGUGCAAGAAUACGACAUGCUCAAGUAUGUGCGUUUCAAUACUUCAGUUGAAAAGGUCUACAAAAAGGGUAAAAAGUGGUAUGUUUCGGUCUGCAAGUACUGCAAAACAACCAACACAUUUGAGUAUUACACAGAAACCUUUGACGCUGUUGUUGUUUCAAUUGGUCGUUUCAACGUUCCUUUUUUUCCAAAAAUAGAAGGCUUACACGACUUUGAUCAAGCUCAUCCAGGGGUUAUUAGUCACUCCAAAUCGUUUAGAAGUACAGAACAUUUGAAAGGGAAAAAGGUCAUGAUUGUUGGUAGUAGUGUCAGCGCACUGGACAUUGCCCAGUACUUGAUUCCUAUAUGUGAUUUUCAUAUUUCAAGCAACACUCAUUCGGCGGCUGUCGAUGGGAAAUCGGAUGAAAUUGUGCGUCCAAAGAAAGACUGGGUUGAAAAAGUCUUUUCAGAUGACAACGUGAAGUGGACCAAGCAUGGAAGAAUUUCCCGUUUUCAUAGCAAUACAGUGGAGUUCGAAGAUGGUACUACGGAAACUGGAUUUGAUUCCAUACUGUUUUGUACCGGGUAUCACCUUUACUAUCCCUUUUUGGAUAUAGCAGAAAACAAGGGUAAGGAAUACAUUUCCAUCUCUUCCGGCUUUGACGGGAAUCCCAAUUACGCAAUGAAUAAGGUUGACAAUCUUUACCUUUACACUUUUACUAUUUCAGACCCAACGUUAUGUCAUACCGGUAUUGCGCAUAAUCCGUUGUUCUUUUUGACCUCUGAGGCUAACGCUAUUGCAAUUGCAGGUGUUUGGUCAAAUAGCAAAAAGUUACCUCCAGUGGAAGUACAAAGAGAAUUUAUCAAUAAUAGAUUCAAGGGUAAAAAGUUUGGAUUCCAAGUUUAUGAUGAAACCACAAUUAGAGACUUGAUUACAAGCUGUUAUGCUUUAGGUCCUGAAAACCGGUUUGAUUUCUUACCUUAUAUUCGUGAUGGUGAGAUUCGAAGUUCAAAAGAGGUUUUAUGUGAUUUGUUCUAUAAAUUCUCCAAGGGAGAAUUGGAUGAAUUUGACAAAUCCAUACAAUAUAACGAUCAAUAG